AUGUCAUUACUUGAUUCUGAAGCGGCCUUCAAAAAGAGGGUCAUAGAGAUCGGUGAUGAAGUUCUUUUUCAGACACUGGACAAUUCAGGUUUGAAGACGUUCAGCGGUUUGGCCUUUGCAUGUGGGACACCGCAGUCCCAACCGGAUGAUGCGGCCUUUGGAGCUUUUGCCGCAGGAUUUUUUUGGGCGCAUUCGGUGGAGGCCUCCAACGCUAGCAAACCAGACGCUGGCAAACCAAAGGCAAAAAUUAGGUCCACAGGUCUUAUCACCGUUUUGGACCUCACGAAAGAUGAGGAUUUACACUUUUUGCUGGACUUCUUGAAAGCCGAACUCAAUGUGCUGGUGUAUAUUCACUUGGCGCCGCCCUGCGGCACAGCUUCAGCAGCCAGAGGAAUUCCCGUUCCAGGUUGCCCUCAAGAGAUGCAGCCUGAAGCGGCAUAUCCCGAAAUUUUAUGCGAUCGAGUGGCAAACCUUGUGGAUCAAGCGCUGCAGCAAUGCAAUUUCACUAAACUGCAGACUUUGGAACAGCAGAUUCAUCAUCAAAGAUCCACUGCAACAAAUUCCAUUUUAAUGGGACUCUUACCAAGAGGGAGGAAAUUGCUCCCUUUGGUCAGCGAAUUUCAGUUUUACAGCCAAUGGUUGGUGCCACCUCAUUUUCCUGCUGAAGAUUUGGACAAACUUUUGAAAACUUUCCCCAAAGGGGCGCGGAUAGUGAACCGCAAACUCAUGCAUGGGGGUGACUUUCGGGUUUGCGACAGUGUGUUGAAGGAUGAGUGCAGCUCUCAGAAGAGCAACUGCAUUUGCAUAAAUGGUUUUGCUGGCGAUUUCAAGGCACUUCAAAAAGUGGGUGAGAUUCUUUCAAUAGGUAUUCCAAGGGAACCUGAAGAUUUCGUAGCUCGUGCAGUAGCUGCAGGCCACCCCAGGAACUUGUUUGCAGAAGAUUGGUCAGCGCGUGACCCUUUCGUGCUGGAAAACUUGUCUCCAAACCUUGGAAAACUUUUAGAUCGAAGGAAUGCUUUUUUCCGGAAAUGGCUCAAAAGAGCAAGUGAGUUGGCCAGCAAAGAGAAAGACUUGACCGACGCUUUAGACCCAGAAGUAGCAAGGGUCCUCAAGGGCAAGAGACUUCUGGUGCUUGAAGAGAUCCUGAAUGACAUCGGAUUUCCUGAUCGACACCUGGUCAAGGAUAUUUGUGCGGGUUUCCGCAUCACAGGCCUUCCAGAAAAAUACGUGCUGCACUCCAUUGACGCCAUUGCGGCCACUUUGGUCCGAGCGUUAUCAGUGGGGUUGCCUGAGGGCGAAACUUUGUGUGGCACCACUUUUGAUUUGGUGGCGGCCUACAAGCAAUAUGCAAUCCACCCCAAAGACCGUGAAAGAGUUCGCAUUUGUGUGAAAGAUGUAGAACAAGGUGUGGCCAAAGUGUACAAGAUCAGUGCGCUCCCCUUCGGAGCUUCAGGAAGUGUAGCCGGCUUCCUUCGCAUAUCGGCGGCCUUGGCCUGCAUUGGACAGGUAUGCCUGGGAUUUUGGUGGUCGAGUUUUUUCGACGAUUUCCCUACCUUGACCACCUCCUCGAUGGCGGCCCAAUGCAAGGCUCAGGUGCACUUGUUGUUUGAUCUCUUGGGCAUUGAUUUCGCCCGAGAUGGUGACAAAGCUGGCGCCUUCGAGCCAACCUUCAAGGCAUUGGGCUUACUCAUUGAUUUGACUGAUUUCGCAGCUGGAAAAGUCCGUAUCGGACAUACCGACAGCCGAAGGCAAGAGCUGCUGGCCCAGAUAGAAUCACACCUUGACCAAAAUUGUUUGAAACCAAAGGAUGCAGAAAGGCUCAGGGGUCGUCUGCAGUGGUAUGACACCUUUCUGUUUGGGAGGAUUGCAAAUUAUUCCAUGAGCGUGAUCAGCAAGAGAGCCACCUCUUGCUCUUUGGAUGGUAGCUUGGAUCCGCAGCUCCAUCGAGCCUUGCAGUUUCUCAAAGAGCAUGUCUCCGUUUCGAAGCCAGUGGAGCUGACCAAGUCAGCCGGAAAAACCUACUACAUUUUCACUGAUGGUGCGGUUGAACCCACGGCAGAUGGGUCGCAAGUCGUGGCCUCUGUUGGAGGCAUCUUAUACAACAAUGAUGGCGAGGCCGAAGCCUUCUUCAGCGAACGGCUUGAAUCUGAGCACAGUUUGAAAGUUUGGUUUGGAAGAGUGCCAUCGUACUCAAAUCCUACUGACAAGCCCAGUCGUUUCGAAAUCCAGCAACUGUUGGACGUUGGUUCCGCUUUGGUUAAGCCAAGCUGGGAUCAGGUCUUGCUUCUAAUCGAAAGGAAGGAGCAGACACUUUGA